CUUCAGCUGACAAGAGACUAAAGGAAUCCAGUAAUUUAUUUCUGUGAAACAAUUUAUCUGAUGCCUAGGUUUCUCCCCCUCCCGACGAAGACCAAAUGCUUCUGAUCCGUAAGUAACUUCGCAAGGUAGACUGAGGGUCCUGGCAGCAUCUGGGCCUCCCUUGAAGGUCGAAAUGAAGCGCGCUCGCCCUCCUCUCCGCCUUUUCCGUUUAAGGUCCUCCAGAGGCUGCUUCGCUGCAGAAAGUAACAACGCGUCGCCGCCGCGGAAAGUGGGGCAACUUUGCCUGUUAGCAGAAACCUUUUGAUCCGUCUGAAGCGACAAACCAGACCCAGCGCCCGCCCAAGCUGUUCCGAGCCUCCGGGGGGAAAGCGAGCCCAACCUUCUCUGCACCGCUUCCUCAACCGCUCGCUGCACCUGGACGCGGGCGGCGCACGACCCCCGGCCGUGACGUCACCGCACCUGGCACCAGCCUGGGGGUCCGGGAGAGAGCCCUAACGCGACGGGGCGGGGUGGGGCGGGGAGAACGAGGGCGUUCUCGCGAGAUUUGCCUCCUCCCGGACCCAGUUCCCCGCACCUUCUCGGCCUCUGUCUGGGUCUCCACCUUACUCUACGGUGUCGCCUUUUUAAACCGCGGGUGCUAAGAGGCGAGGGGCGGGCUCCGAGGCUGGGCGGGCGCUCGCGGUUGGAGCCGAGGGCCUGGGCGAACCGGCGGGUUCCUCCCCACUACGGGAGUUGCCAGGGUGGGAAAACCGCGGUCUGGGCGGGCGGGGGAGGGCCCUCCCGCCGCCGUGGCUUCUGCGGAGGCCAGGGGUGAGGAGCUGUCGCCGCCUCUGCCUCUGCCUGGCGGGUCGCGCUGAAGGAACUGGCAGGAGAGUGCUGCGGGCGGAUGGAGGCGAGUCUUCGCCCCGCCUGAGCUCAGGAGGGGCUAGCGCGGAGCGCGGGUCCCGCCUCCAGCCGCGGGAGCGGCCGCGCGAGCCACCGGAGGAGGAGGAGGAGGAGCAGACGUCGGCUUCUCCCCGGGAGAGCCCCCAGCAUGGUUGACUAUAUUGUGGAGUAUGACUAUGAUGCUGUACAUGACGAUGAAUUAACUAUUCGAGUUGGAGAAAUCAUCAGGAAUGUGAAGAAACUACAGGAGGAAGGAUGGCUAGAAGGAGAACUAAAUGGGAGAAGAGGAAUGUUCCCUGAUAAUUUUGUUAAGGAAAUUAAAAGAGAGACGGAAUUCAAGGAUGACAGUUUGCCCAUCAAACGGGAAAGGCAUGGGAAUGUAGCAAGUCUUGUACAACGAAUAAGCACCUAUGGACUUCCAGCUGGAGGAAUUCAACCACAUCCACAAACCAAAAACAUUAAGAAGAAGACCAAGAAGCGUCAGUGUAAAGUUCUUUUUGAGUACAUUCCACAAAAUGAGGACGAACUGGAGCUGAAAGUGGGAGAUAUUAUUGAUAUUAAUGAAGAGGUAGAAGAAGGCUGGUGGAGUGGAACCCUGAACAACAAGUUGGGAUUGUUUCCCUCAAAUUUUGUGAAAGAACUAGAGGUAACAGAUGAUGGUGAAACUCGUGAAGCCCAGGACGAUUCAGAAACUGUUUUGGGUGGGCCUACUUCACCUUUACCUUCUCCGGGAAAUGGGAGUGAAACUGCACCUGGAUCAGUUACACAGCCAAAGAAAAUUCGAGGAAUUGGAUUUGGAGACAUUUUUAAAGAAGGCUCUGUGAAACUUCGGACAAGAACAUCCAGUAGUGAAACAGAAGAGAAAAAACCAGAAAAGCCCUUAAUCCUGCCGUCACUGGGAUCCAAAACGCAGAGUAUGGAGAUAACAAAAACAGAUAGUGAAGGUAAAAUUAAAGCUAAAGAAUAUUGUAGAACAUUAUUUGCCUAUGAAGGUACUAAUGAAGAUGAACUUACUUUUAAAGAGGGGGAGAUAAUCCAUUUGAUAAGUAAGGAGACUGGAGAAGCUGGCUGGUGGAAAGGUGAACUUAAUGGUAAAGAAGGAGUAUUUCCAGACAAUUUUGCUGUCCAGAUAAAUGAACUCGAUAAAGACUUGCCAAAACCAAAGAAACCACCACCUCCUGCUAAGGCUCCAGCUCCAAAGCCUGAAAUGAUAGCUGCAGAGAAGAAGUAUUUUUCUUUAAAGCCUGAAGAAAAGGAUGAAAAAUCAACACUGGAACAGAAACCUUCUAAACCAGCAGCUCCACAAGUCCCACCCAAGAAACCUACUCCACCUACCAAAGCCAAUAAUUUAUUGAGAUCUUCUGGAACAAUGUACCCAAAGCGACCUGAAAAACCAGUUCCUCCACCACCUCCUAUAGCCAAGAUUAAUGGGGAAGUUUCUACUAUUGCAUCAAAGUUUGAAACUGAGCCCGUAUCAAAACCAAAGCUAGAUUCUGAACAGUUGCCCCUUAGACCAAAAUCAGUAGACCUUGAUUCACUUAUAGUAAGGACCUCCAAAGAAACAGAUGUUGUAAAUUUUGAUGACAUAGCUUCCUCAGAAAACUUGCUUCAUCUCACUGCAAAUAGACCAAAGAUGCCUGGAAGAAGGUUGCCGGGCCGUUUCAAUGGUGGACAUUCUCCAACUCACAGCCCCGAAAAAAUCUUGAAGUUACCAAAAGAAGAAGACAGUGCCAACCUAAAGCCAUCUGAAUUAAAAAAAGAUACAUGCUCUUCUCCAAAGCCAUCUGUGUACCUUUCAACACCUUCCAGUGCUUCUAAAGCAAAUACAACUGCUUUCCUGACUCCAUUAGAAAUCAAAGCUAAAGUAGAAACAGAUGAUGUGAAAAAAAAUUCCCUGGAUGAACUUAGAGCCCAGAUUAUUGAAUUGUUGUGCAUUGUAGAAGCACUGAAAAAGGAUCACGGGAAAGAACUGGAAAAACUGCGAAAAGAUUUGGAAGAAGAGAAGGCAAUGAGAAGCAAUCUAGAGAUGGAAAUAGAGAAGCUGAAAAAAGCUAUCCUGUCUUCUUGAGGUAGUGUGGACCUGGUGUUCAUAAUGUUCCCGGGAUUCAGAAGCAACACUAUGAACUUCAGCUGGCUUGUUACUUACAAAUUGUGAAUGCUGAUGUUAUGAUAAAUAUGAGUAAAUGAAGUAUAAUAUCUAUAGAAACGUAGAGUGAGGGUGAAUUUUUAUAUAUAUAUAUUUUGUUUUGCCAAUAUGAAGAAAAAGGGGCCUUAUUUCUUAACUGUGCUGGGAUUGCAAACACUUUUUUAAAAAUUGUUUGCUUGAAAAUACUACUGAAUAUAUAUAAAUAAGAAUGUGCACAGUAGUUUUUUUUUAUUGAAACUUGUAUUAUUUUUAAAGAGAUCUAUACUAUAAAUAUGGUGAUAUAUUUACGAGUUAUCUGUAAGAUACACUAUUUGAGAGGGACAGAUUAGCUUUUUAGUAACUAUAGUCACUACUUUUUCCAUAAUGCAUAAGGGAUAUAAACUGUAUUUGUAUGUGUAUGUGUAUAUAUAUAUAUUUUUACUUUUAUCCUCUUACCCAAGGUUACACUGUUGUGCCUGUUUGUCUGCAAUGCUGUUUAUAUUUUGGGUGAUGAAAUAGGAGUUUCCUAGCUAUAUAAACCAGAUUACUCACCCAUGCAUAUAGUAAGAACUAAUGAAUAAUCAAAAUAAUUUCAUCAACUUUUAGAAUAUUUUAUGUUGCUUGCACUGUAGGAGUCAUAAAAGGAACUUAGUUAAAAUAUGUUGAACUGUUAAACAUUUGGGGAAAUAUGAACUGUAUUUUAAAUUUGUUAGGUCUGAAGAAUCUAAAACUGUUAAUUUAACCCUUAACUUGUGCCUAGAAACUACAGCACAUAUAAAACAUGUAAACACCAGCCUAUUGCUGUACUUUUCUGCUUAUUUUACAGUCUCAAAUAUUGCUCAUUAUCUUGUCAAUUUCAUGCUUCUCCUUCUGACUUUUAAUAAUGGUAAUAGGAAAACAAAACCCAGAACUUUUCAGAACUUCAGUGUGAGGUUUCCUAUUUUGACAAGUUAUCUUGUAAAUACUCAGGUUUUAUGAUGUAUAAUUUACCUAAUAGACCAAACUAACUCAUGGAGAUAUUUUGAACUAUUAUUUAGGUACAAACUUUAUGAUGAAUGUUAGUAUGUCAUAAAAUAAAACAUUACAGCUUAUUUAAAACCAAAUAUAGUUGAAGAUAUUUAAAAUACAUUUUCACAGAAUGGAUGAAUUAGUUGUUUCUUCAGAGUUACUUAUGAACAGUUGAAUGCUUUAAAAUGUUCUAUCUGUAGGUAACAUCUAAAAACACAAGUGGGUUUAUUUAAAUUUUUAAAAUUUGAAAUUUUUCAUUUGCAAAAAAUUAGGUUUUAUGCUUUAUUAUAUAGCAAAUGAGUGUCAGAUUUUUGAGUACCAGUGAUUAUGUUUCCAUUUUUUUAAGUUUUAAACCACCAAACCAAUAUUUUGCCUUUACAUUUUGAUCUUAUAAUACAGAAAUCUUAUGUAAAUGAAGUUUUGUCAUGUUUCAAAUAAAGAGAACUGAAGUAGAAAAUAGAAAUGCCAGUAAACAACAUAAUGUUUAAUUUACAACUUACAUUAGGGGUUUGGGGGAAUGCUAAUUAUAUAUUGAGAAUAUAUAUUAGAACUCUUCAAAAUGGGCUCUUCCAAUGAGGUCACUACUGAACAAAAUUGUUCCCUCCUCUUCUGUUAAAUAGAAUAGAUUUAAAUGACUAGUCAAAUGAAUUUUUUCCUUCUUGUUAAAUAAAUUAAAUCUUAUUUUCUUUUAAUGACAAACCUUAGGUAUAAUAAAAACAUUGUAAUCCUAGAAAUUAUCCUCCAGCUUUCUCACCUGAAAAUCUAUUGAAGCGAUCCCUGGUCAUCCUGAUAAUGGGACGAGGGAAGUUUCCAGCAGAUUUCAGGCUGUUCUUAAAGUUUUUGUUGGCCAUUUUCUCACUAGUACAUAAAAUCAAGAUGCUUAUGAGCAUGAAAAUGCAUUUAAAGAUUUUGCUUGUGUACUCCUCAGUCAGAAUAGAAAAAUAACUGAAAUACUUUUAUCUUUCUGUCCUUGAUAAAACAGUAAAGAAAACCAAACAAACCCAGGCCUGAUGGGAAAAAUGAUUCCUUUAUUCUAGCAAUGUUACUCCUUGCUGUUGGUAUGGGAAAUUUUAUUAAUUUCUGUUCCUAAAGUUCAUAUCACAAAAUGAUAUGUAAUAAUAACCUUUACUUGGGGUAAGUCAUGAAUUUUUUUUCUACAUGUGAGUAUAAAAGACGAAAGUGAACAGCAUGGAAUCUCACUGCCAAAUUAUUAGUGAAUGUAUAGUUCAUGUAUUCUUUGAGACACACAGUAUCAUUAAUUUCCGAAUUGUAUUUCAGUGUUAUUUUUUGUGUGUGACCACUAAGCUUCUGUCUUAAUAUAGAGCUGUUACCUUCUACAGAAUUUUAAGUCUGAAGAUGUAAAGAGAGAUCAGGCCUUGUGUAACAGAAGAUACUCUUUUUUCUGCUCUUACUGUGAUCACAGAAAAAUAAAAAAUCCAAAUGCUCUCUAGAUUUGUUGAUAAACAUUUUAUGCCUGCAUUUAAACUUGAAAUGUAUGAGCAGAAUGAGACAAUCAGUUAAAUCAGAAAUGAGAAGUAUUAUAAUGUAAUGACCUUGUUUUGCUGUAGCAAUAAAAUGACCAAGUGCAAUGACUUGAUUUAAUAAAAUCAUAUUUUAAAAGCUGCUGCUAUGAAUAUUUUUGGCUAUAAAAUUUUACCCUGACUUGCUUUCAGUAACUCUCAUGUAAUGCAGUUGAUGUUGUAACCUAACAUUCCAAAAAAAAAAUUGAAAGGGGGAAUCUCAAAAUAGUAUAUACUUCACUAACUUGUUUACAGGUGCUGUAUAAAAAGCAUGCUUCUCUCUCGAAAAAUUAAUAAUAAAGGAUUUUAUUGCCA